CGUCACCUAACGACUGUAUCCACGGUUGGAGCUAGUGCUAGCUACUGUGACAGGGAGAGUUGUCAACAGUGCCCUAAAUAAAGAGGCCUUCACAGCUCAAGCCCUGCGAUAAUCUGGCAAAGCGACCCUCAAGAGGAUAAGCGGUUACGAAAAUGGAUGGAUGGAUGUCUGACUGCUCAGACACUUGACUUGAACAAAAUAUGGUCCUGCUGACACCUACAGUAGCUGGAACUACCACAGAAGCCAUUUGAGUAUUUUUUCAGUGAGUGAAAGUGAACAUGAGGAGGUUACCUGAGACUACGUGUACAUGUGUGCGUCACCAUCACCUUGACGACUGAGGUGUAGCUGACCACGAAGAGGAAGAAUUCGGGCCUCACAAGGCCUUGCCAUUGUUCAGAGAUCAGGGUCAGCCAGUGAUGAUCUUUCGCAGUUUGCGGAGAUGGACACCUUUAGCAAUAAGUUACAGCAGAAGGCUCUGCAGCAACCUAAGCAGAAGAAAUCCAAGUCGGCUGAAUUUCUGAUGGGGAGAGAGGAGAGAGCUGCUCUGGUGGGCAUAGAAAACCCAGCCUUCGAUGGAGGAGGAAGCACCGAGCUUUCUGUUCCUCCGGUUUGGCUGGGGAGAGAAAUUCGAGGUGACAGGCCAGAUAGCACCCUUGCAGCUCACCCAAAAAAAAUGGAGCUGCAAGCCCCUGCCAAAGAAAGAGGAAAUAAAUGUGCCCAAAAUUACUUUGACCCGUCGUCAGCAGAGCAGACAGACCCAAGGCAUUGCAGGACGGCUGGGGUCAGCGCUGAAGAUGAGCUGGAAUUAACAAUACUGAAUGCUGAUGAAAAUAGGCUGUACCAAAGAAUGGCUGCCUUGCUGGAUGAGGACGACACCUUCAUAAAUAUACCGGGUACGCUGCUAGCCUCCAGGGAUGAGGAGGUGUUGGAGGUGAAGGCGGGUGAUCCGGUGCUUCAGCGGCGACUGCUGCUCCACGGUGGUGGUGAUGCCUCGGGCUCCAGGCCCUCCCAGGCCCAAACCAUUGCCAAAACCCAGGCUGGGGCCAGUGCUGGGCUGGGAGGAGAGGCUGGACUCGAAGCUGGGAGGAUGGUAAUGGGCAGAGAGAGCACUGUAAAAACGAGGACGGUUGAGGAGGUGAUCCCCCACUACGCCCAGCAGCUGAGGGAGCGUGUGCGGCCUGACAUGAUCACGCUUGGCAGCCUUUCACUGCAGCAGCAAGUGGCUCAGAAGGGACCGCUGAAGAGGAGUGAGUGGGCAAAGAGAAAGAAGAGACUAAUGGCCUUCUUCGCUGGGAACGUUGAGGAGCCUCAUUCACAAAGAGACUGUGACGAGGCAGCGAGAGACGCGCCCCAGCCCAGGCUGAACGCGCUGCUUCAGUGCAGCAGAACCAUUGAAAGCCCGUCACUCAGAGCGCUGGGGGAAGGCCAAGAGGAAACCACGGCCAAAUAUGGCCAGAUGACAGAGCUCCCAGCAUCCUCCUCUUCAGUGUCACAGCCCUGGUGGCAGGUGAACCAGAGCACGACUCCCCAGCCUGUGGAGGUGUGUGUGUGUUGCCUAAGAGCCACCAGAGACAAGCUACCCAGGGGCCUCUACACUGUCACUGUAGCCCUUCACAGCCAUCUAGGGGGUCCAGCUCUGGCUUGGUGCAGUAGGAAAGGGCUGCAACAAUGGGCGGCGUCCUCUGAGCCGACGGAGCAUCGGGGCCGCUCCUGCGACAUUGACCUGCACAUCAACCAGAGCCUGUUCAUGAUCUUACCUGCAGCCUGUGAAGUCGUCCCCUCCAUGGUCCUGGUAUUCCAACUGAUCGCACUACCGGGAAACAGCAGCUACAUCAGCUCCGUGCUGGCUUGGGGGGCAUUUCCUGUUUGUGGGCCGAGCCUCGGUCUCGUCCAGGGCAGGUUUAAAACCCCUCUGCUCAGGGGGGAGCCAAACACACGACUGGACCAGUUUAAAAAGAUUGAAGCCUUCAUCUCGUCUGAUCUAGACCACUGGCUGUGCAACCUGUACUUUCAGGUAAAGAGGCUCCCUUCUGGAACAUGUGGGGGGCCAGAGCGCUGCAUCACCCUGUCAGUACCCCCACCUAAUCCCCCUGUCAUGCCCCAACCUGAAGUCCACCAUGACCAAACCCAGGGCCAACUGCCACUCCAGCCCCAGCCCCCAUCGCAGGGCCAGCUCCGUCAUCAGUUACACCCCCAACAGCAGGCACAUGCAGACCCCAGCAGCAGAGCAGGAGAGCCCGCUGUGGUACACUCUCACCGGGGGUCUCCUCUCCACCUGUCAGCUGAUUCCGCUUGCUCUUCCUCAUCUCUGCCAGGGAAGAAUUCCUCCUCGGGAGCCAUUUCUGGAAACACGGGCGAGAAGAGUGAUCCAUGCAGGGAGAAAGCAGAGGGUGGGAUUCACUACAAGAAGAAGCCAAUCAAGAAGACAAAUAGCUGCGGCCCCAGCAUGAGCGGCAGCAGCGCGCCGCCUCGGCAGGCAGACAAACAGAAGAUGCAGCCUUCAAUGGAGAACCUCUCCACGGAGGAGAUGGAGGAGUAUACAUUCUCCCUACAAUCAGCACUGACUGGAUCUGGUUCCUGCCCCUCAUGCCUGUCCGACCGAGCCCGCCUGGCCCUCCGCAUGCUGCCGUCCGAGCUGGGCCUGCCGUUGCCGCGGCAACAACAGCCGCAUUGGAGCUGGCGUGGCUCCGUGCGGCAGCUCGGCCUCAUUAUGCUGCUGCUGGCUUUGAUGUGGUUUGUGAGGCUCUACCUGCAUUACUGCAGCCAGUGGCUCUACCUCCAGGCCAUAGCAGUUCCUGUCAACAAAUUCCAGUUCCACGCACACACGGUGGACCUCGUGUACCAGAGUUCUCUGCUCCACACCCGGGAGGAGCUGGCGAUGGUGGUGGUGGGUCCCCUGACCUUGAACGCAGUAACGUUCCUGCUGGUUCUGAUCAGAUGGGGCUGUCAACAGAUAUUUGGCUCACUCCCUUCCUUCACGUCAAAGUUUAUCAUGGCUCAGGGAGUGUGGACAGUCCUCGACCCCCUGGCAGUCUUUGCAGUGGACGCCGUCCUCGGGCGUCUCGCCUACAGCCCAGACACACCGGUGGGUGACGCAGCCAAGCUUUACUGGCACUUCUAUCGAGCCGACCAAUCAGGUGCAGCAGGAGUGAUCAUCACUCUCUUCCUCUACGCAGUCCUCUUCCUGCUGUCCAUCACCAUCCUCUCCAUUAAUAUGCUCAGGUUCCACAACGACGGGCGCAUGCUAGACGUCUUUCAACGGCUCACAGCCAAGGAGGGGACGUACUUCCUGCCUCAGGACCUAGAGCUGUCCAAUCAGGAGCUGAGCUACAUUGUCAAGAAGGCGGAGCAGUGGAGAGGCUUUAAUGGGGAGAGACGCAAGGUGGCGGUCUAUGACUAUAUCUGGACAGUGGAAGACCCCUUGGCAGGGUCUGCAGCCUUUAGUGACCCCCCAAGGGAAGGUGCACCACUACCAGAGGGCGAAACCAGCACCCAUGUGGCAGUCUACACCCUGUACCUGAGCGGGCUGAAACAAAGAUACAGGCACUUCCUCCGACAGCCGGAUGGGGCUAUCAUUGAGGUGAUCGGUGACAUGGAAGGGGUGGACAACGCAACCAGGAUGGUGCCCUGUGCCAGUCAGGGCUCAGCCAAUCAGAGAGAGGACAAGAAAGGCGCUGGUGCUCCACACCAGCUACGGAAACGGAAAAAAAUAUUCGGGCGGUCUCAUCGCGUUGAGCCGGUAGGAGGAAGCGGGUGUGGCUCCAGUUUUGCUCUGCAAGACCUCAACCAAUGAUAUCAAAGCAAAGGGAGAGAUAGGACUCUAAACUAAUGUAAGUCAUCAUAUCAACCAUCUGUUUUGACUUGAAGUCUCUGGAAUGUACUGCAGUAGUCAUUACGUUCAUGGAAUACUUGAACAAUUUGGGGCUCUUUGUGAAGUUGUAUAUUAAAACUUUUAUGAACUGAACUUUUAUUCUUACUUUAAAAACACUGUAUUGCUGCCAUCAGCUGGAAAAUGUACUUUUCAACAGCUUUUUCCAGUAGUAAAAAAUGCAUGUGGAUACUGUUUACUUCCUGGCGUCUAUACCUUUUUAAUGACAGAAAUAAAAUGCUUAACAUAGUCAAAAAAAUAAACAAUGGAAGGUUGACUCAUCAGAAUAACAGGAACUAAACACAGUACUGUAAAUUAUAUAAUUCUUGCAUCCCUCUACCAGUAAACAUAAACAGUAUGUGUGAACUGUUUGUAACCUGAUAAACAAUGUUCAGCAACACUUCUAAUGGAUGCAGGUCGUUAGGUGUUCAGCGCUGCCUCAACACAAUGAAAAAUGAAGAUUCUAAAAGUCACUAAUCAGAACACGAGUGAUAAAAUAUCAAUAUUGGCCUCACAUUAAGCAGGAUAAUAUUCAGGCCAGCUUGAUUUGUAUUGAAUAUGUGUCUGCUAGCCGGUGCUCAGUGUAAUGAAGUGGCUCACAAAUCAGGCCAUAAUGGCUGCCUACUUACACAUAUUGCUUAAUUAAAGGUUGUGAGCUUAUUAGCAUGUGUCUCUGGCAUAGGGCGCGGGGAGAUGGGAAUCGGGGGGCUGAUGUCGUUGAGGGCCAGGCUUUAAAGGUUUUAUAGAUAGCUAACCUAUCAUACUAAAGCCAUGGCCCCCCCUCCUAAAAUCGGAUCUUAAUAACCUGUCAUUUUCAUUGAUGAUGAUUCGCCUUUAUGGGCGGCCAUUACAGAUCAAGUUCUGGGUCUUGUUGGAUGGCGAUGGCGGCCAUUUGUGCUCGUCAUUAUCAGGAACACACCUUACUUUGGCCUUGAAGUUGCUUCUCACCUCCAUGUUUAAACCAUCAUGGCCCAGGGGGCGUGGCACACAGUGCAUACAGACACACACAUUCUCUCACACACACACACACACAUAUAACGUCUCUGUUUCUGAUCCUCAGAGUGCUGAUAGAGACACGGGCCUUUCCAGCCAAAAAAUUUAAAAGAAUUAGAUGAGAUUUUUAGAUUUAUCAGUCCAUCUGUGCUGUAAAAUGACUAAAGCACAACAUGUUGGCAUAAUUCUACAAGGAAUUGAUUGAUUGUUUAUCUCCACUGUGUGCAAACGCUCAACGGAUAAUGACAUGUUGUUUUAUGUGGUGUAUUUUCAGCAUUGGCAGGAUGUGUUAGACACUCGUGUUGCAUCCUGUCCUUCUGUCUGCCUUUGACACUAGCCAGAACCUAUAGAGCUAAUGCGCUCCAAUUAGAGAUCACUCCAUUAACAGUGACAGUGCUACACCCCCCAAUUCAAUCAGCCCCCUAAUGAACAUUAAGCAGAGACGCUGCCUCUCAGAGAUGACAGGAAGCUCUUCUCUCUCCCCAUUUGUCCUACUUUGCUACCUCUCUCCAUAUCUGUAUUUUUCUUAUCCCUUUACUCAACUCUCUUGCUCUUUUUACUCUCUCUGUGUGUCUCGCUGUAAUAGCACAGUGUAUGUGUGAUGAAGCAAAA